UAGAGGAAGUGAGUAAUUGUCACACCUGUUAGUGAGGCAUGUGUUUAAGCGCACAGUGCAAUCUCCAGCAACAAACGCUGACAGAACAGGUAGUCUGUAGAACAGAUUAGUUACUUUCAAUAAGGCACAGUCUUACAAUGCUGUCUUUCCAACAAGUUAGCUAGUCAAAUUUCUCCCCUUCAGAGCUUCCAUAGUCAACCACAAGUGGACCUAAUUCAGUUGCAAAGCGGUAGGCCACAGAGAAAGAGCUAAUCACUCAACAUAAAUACUAAAACUGUAAGCAAAUCACAUCAACGAUGUUCCAACAUCAAAUUAAAGCCUUUUAGAGGAGCAGAGACUGCUUUAGGAACACUGGGCGAACCAAUGUCAUAUUAAUACCCCUGGUUUCAGAGUGAGAUGUCGGACAAGAAAACUUCCUUAUUUGUGUAAGAUUAGGUUCAUUCUCCCGUUUCCUUUAUUAGCCAUUUAAGGAGUUGAAGGUAAUGACUAAACUAAUAUCUAGUCCAAAUGCUCGGAGCUUUUCUCUGCUGCUAUCAGGAAACUCAGAUGGCAAAAAAAAACAAACUGUGAGGGUUCAAGCCAAGUGUAGAAGUAAAAUAAUGACGCCAUUGUGUCCUGUAUGAAAUCUUAAAUGAACGAGCAAGCAUACGCAUAUAUAAACAUACAUGAAUUUAAAAUCUGUGAGCGCAUGCACCCUUAUACUGAAAGUGCUUUCUCCUCCCGUGAUGGUUUUCGAUUACCGACUGACACGCAAAAUCACCCAAGAGGGGCUCUUUCCCCUUGGCCCCCCCCGGCGCGAUCUCAAGGGGUACCGCAAAGUCUGUGCAGGUCACUGCUUGAAAGGGAAUCGACCCCGAAUCAAUGUACCCUUCGAAAGGGUCCUUUUUGAAGACAAAAAUGUAUUCGGUCUCAUAAGAAUGUGCAAACGGAUGAUAAUAAAAAGGAAAUUAUUCGUAUAUAUUAGUUUCAUUUGCGACUGAGUUUAAUGAACCUUUAUGAUUCGCUAAUCGGUGUUGGGUUUGUCCAUUCUUGCAUUGAUUAACAUACCCUUAGGACUGACUUUCGAACGUUUCUGCGAUCGGCUUGUAGAGUCUGAUCUGAACGAAGGGACUAUAGACUAUUUGUCAGUGAAAGAUUACAUCCAUAUUUUUAAGUAAUUGUUUUGUUUCCUGGUUAUAACAUCGAUUUAGUCAAAAGAAAUAGAAGUUAACGUGUUCAAAAUCGCCCAAUGCCAGGAUGUCAGGAUGGCCAGUGGGCCACCUCUUCCGGACAGCCUGGUGCUGGAGAUCUUCCUGCAUCUGCCCCAUAACGCGGUGCUAAGCGCGGGGCUAGCCUGUCACCAGUGGCUUGCCGUGUCCCGGGAUGAGUUCCUCUGGAGGGAGCUGUUCUACACCUACUACCGCAUCCCACGCUCCGUGCCUCGGCAUCCAGCGGCUGUUUCCUGGUACAGGGAGUUCAAGCGGCUCUUUGACUGUAUUCCCUGCGUGGAGGUACAGACCUUGAAGGAACAUCAUGACCAGGUUCUGCAUCUGGCUUUCUCCCACCGCGGCCAUCGCUUCUCCUCCUGCUCCAAGGACUGCACCGUUAAGAUUUGGGAUACCGAGCAGCCGGAUGGUUCCAUCCGCCUUGUGCACAGCUCCAGCAUGCGGGAGUACAACUGGGGCUACACCCAGUUCUCCCAGUUCAAUGCCGACGACAGUCUUCUGCUGGUGUCGGGGGUCUACCUAGGCCCACAUCACACGUCCUCUGGGGAGAUUGCUGUCAUCAGCCUUGAUAAUUACACACUCCUCUCCCGCGUCCGGAACAAGCCGUAUGAUGUGUUUGGCUGCUGGCUGAACGAGACCCACCUCAUCUCUGGGAACCUGCACUGGAUCGGGAACAUGACGUCCUGCUCCGUGCUCUGGCUCAACAAGGCCUUCCAGGAUGUGGAGUCUGAGAACGUAAACGUGGUGAAGCGCCUCUUCAAGAUUCAGAACGUCAAUGCCAGUAGCAUUCGCACAGUCAUGGUGGCACACUGUCGUCGUCACGACUCGCCAGACCUGCUGCUGGACUAUGAGGCCCAGUUGCAGGCGCGGGAGAACGGCGACCGCCAGGGCCACCAGCCGCUGCUCUUCGACCUGGGCAGCGAAAGCGAGGAGGACAGUGACGAGGACAGCCCGCCGGGCCGGCACAAACAGCCCCCGCUCCGGGAGCCCAGCCACAUGGUCUUCCAGGGCCUGCGUGGCACUGAGCGGAGGGAGCGGCAGCUGGAGGCAGAAGUGGCCCGGCUCAUGGGGAAGACUCACACCCGCCCACCAGACCCCAGCCUCCUGUCCCCCUCUACCCCGGAGGAAGACGACGACAAGACCUACCUGCUCUUCACCACUGGCAGUCUUACCUACUCUCCUCACCAAAUAGGCAUUAAGCGCAUCAUGCCAGAUCAGAUGACCACGUGCGGGCCCGUCCUGGGUGAGGAACGAAGCUCCGAGGAGUUCUUCGACUCUCUGGACCACGUGAUUGACAUUCAUGGUCACAUCAUCGGCAUGGGCCUCUCCCCUGAUCACAGGUACCUGUAUGUAAAUAGCCGGGCGUGGCCAGCGGGCUGUGUCAUCUCAGACCCCAUGAUGCCGCCGCCCAUUGCCGAGGAAAUCGACCUACAUGUGAUUGACCUGAAGAGUCUGAGGGAGGAGAGGCGGAGCUUGAGGGCCCAUCGCGCCUUCACACCCAACGACGAGUGCUUCUUCAUAUUCCUCGAUGUCAGCCGGGAUUUUGUGGCCAGUGGUGCGGAGGACAAACACGGUUAUAUCUGGGAUCGCCAUUACAACAUCUGCUUAGCGAGGCUGCGGCACGAGGACGUGGUGAACUCGGUGGCCUUCAGCCCCGCCGACCAGGAGCUGCUGCUGUCCGCCAGCGACGACUCUACCAUCAAGGUGUGGCGCUCGCCUCGCAUGGUGCGGCUGGCCCAGGGCCCACCACGGCCGCCCAGGUCCCGGAAACUGCUCUCCUCCUGGCUGGAGCGCAGGAGCACAGACAUGGCUCAGUUGAAUGGGAAGCCUUGACCAGUUCCAUCCUCAGGUUAUUUUACUUUUUGUUUUUUAUUUUUAUAUGGGGUUACGGGCAAAGAGCCAGCAAAUCACCCCAUAAUUUCUUCCUCAUUAAAAACAAAUCUUUGAGUUCUUUAAACUUUUAUUCACUUGGCUGGCUGGAGGCAUCUUUGAGGUGCUUCCCGCUGGGAUUGGUGACAUUUUUCCGUGUUGGAACUCACUCUUAUGAAACACUGGGCACUCUUGAGGACCCCCCACCCCUGGCUAAGGGGGAAAGAUGUCAGUACUUUGCACGGAAGAGAUGCACUGGCGCAAAUGUGUGUUGCCAUUUUUUAUUGUUCACUUCUGUGGAAUAAGAAAAAAAAAAAAGAGGGAGAGGAGUGAAGAGAGAGUGGAAAGAAGGGAUUGGGCAACAACGGGGGUCUGUGGUGGAGAGAAGAUGGUGUUUUCAGAAGAGCCAAAGGUCAUUUCACACCUGUCACAGUCUCACCUGCAUUUGCUGCAUAUUUAAAUUUAACAAGCGUGUCUGAAUACGUGUGAGAUUUUCUUUCUAAAUAUUAAAUAUCAAAAAAGUAUGGGAGACACUGUAAGAGGAAUCCUCAAAAAAGUUAACUGAAGGAUGGGAUUUAGAGUUCGGACCCUAUUGUGUAGCUGCAAGGAUUUCCUUAUUGUGUCAUUAUGGGAUGUAACGUUUUACACAAACACCACCUCGAGAUGCAUUUCACCUGAUUUAACCUCACAGAAGUGCUAUGCACUGGCACCACUUUGAACCACGGUGUCAUCCUUGGCUGUUCUUGGCAUUUAGGUAAUGUUUAACGUUAUUUAUUUUUUUUGCAGCCUUUGCUCCAAGGCAGGAGUGGUCUGGAAUUGGAUAAUAUUAUGGAAGAAUUCAUAGUAUAGUGCAAAAAUGUAUAUACAGGUCACCGUAUGCAAAGAUGUUCACUUUUUAAGCAGUUUGAAUUCUUUAAUGUACAGCCCAUCUUACAUGUUUCUGCCUGCUCUCCUUAAAAGAUCAUUAGCAAUAUUAAAAAUACAGAUCUAGCAUUUUGCCAGCAGGGGGCACUGCUGCAUGGUUUUCUUUAUCUGUCAUUAUUUUAUUUAUCUGACUGUAUUGUUUACCUACAGUCCUCCUCUGACAGGACAGAAAUGCUGAUUAGACUCAAAACUCUUGCGAAUGGUUACAAAGAGUAUUGUUUAGGCAUGGCUGCAGGCUACUGUAGGUUCACGUAGCCAUUUUACGCUGAAGACACAGCUGAUGCAGAUGGAGUGACUGUCAUACAGAUAUUUGUAUGUUGUAGACUUGUAUCCACCAGGUAAAGAAAAUGUGUGCAACUGUCAGUUUGUGGAUGAUGUGUUCCCUGAAAUGCCCCAAGCGAGCUCGAUGGGCCGAAUGGCCUCCUCUCGUUUGUAUAGUUCUUAUGUCGAAUUCCUUCACGCCAAAAGGAGAAGGCUCUUAACAAACUGCUUUGGUGUUUUUAUUUUUUAUUAUUUUUACACAGAACCUUGCAUUUUAUGAGCAAAUCAUCAUAGCUGGUCCAUAUUAGAUCAUAAUGCUUUAACGCAAACGGUUUCCUAUAACAGUUUGUGCAUACAGAAUAUUGUCCCAGCCUUCCCUGAUACAGGUAACUCUCCCCACCCAUACUGUAAAUGCACGCCUCCCACCCCCUGCUCUAUGGAGCCCUCUUUCCUUUAUUUGGGUUGAAUGUCAAACCUGAUGCAUAUCUGGAGCAAAGGUCCGACAACAGCCCACUUCUGUCUGCUUCCUAUGUGAGUCAAGCUUCCCCAUUUUUGGAAGAGACUAUCAAAGAUGUGGUGACUGAUUUGACUUCUUGACUAACGUUUUGCACGACUGUUUGGUUAUGUCUGCACAUGAUCGUACAGUUUGAGUGUGUAUAUAUACAAUAUAUAUAGAGCCUCACCUUUGAGGCUGAAUGAAAAAAUACAAAUGUGUAUUGGAAGUUCAUCUCUUUCAAGACUGAUUUCACUUUUCUGCUUUUUGUGAGCCUGUAACUGCAGCAAUAUGGCUUUCAGUUCGUUUUAAAUAAAACCUUAAAAGAAAAA